CUUUGAAAGCUGGAGCUUGCCCUCCUAGAAAACAUGCCCAGUGCCUUAGAUAUGAGGAACCCGGGUGCCACAGUGACUGGACGUGUCCAGGAAAGCAGAGAUGUUGCCCUGAUAGUUGCGGCAUCAAAUGCCUGGAUCCCGUUUACAUCCCAAACCAAG